CACACACAUAUGCAUGUUCACAUCUCAAAUAUUAUUACACAAAAUCACAUCUAACAGAAUAUGACAGAAUAUCAAUCUGGUGACGUCGGUUUUAUUGGGGAUCAUUAGAAGCUUCAUUGUUAGAAAACGAAAGUAAAACAGGAGGAAAAUCAGGAGCACGUUUGGAUUCUACCUGUUUUCGUUUAUUUUAUCGUUUGUUCUCCAUUAUUGUGUUGAACGCGUCUAUAACCGCUCAAAUUCAUCUAAAAUCAGAUUAAUGUGAUUCAACGGACGAGUCGGCAUGUUGUCGAUUAUUGUCGCUUUACUGCUGAAUCUCCUCAUAGAGACUUCUGUGUCGUUCACUGUAGUGGUUCCUGGUGAUCCUGUAGUGGCUCAUGUGGGAUCCACAGUGAUUCUGCCCUGCUGGAUCAAUCCUCCUGAGAACGCUGAAGCUCUGGAGAUCCGCUGGUACCGAAAGAAUCAGUUCAACAACCCUGUUCUCCACUAUAAAGAUGGGAAGAUCCAGGACAUCCAUGAAUGUUUCAGGAAUCAAACCGCUUUGACUCCGCGGUCAGAUCAGUCUGGUGGACUGAAGGAUGGAGACGUCUCUCUACGGCUGGAGAAACUCACAUUUCAGGAUGAAGGUUCAUUUCACUGUGAAGUGAGUGGAGAAAAUUCAUAUGACAGCAAAGUAAUAGAUCUCAAAAUCACUGAGAGGAGUUCUGUCUCAGAUCAGUCAGAUUCAUCAGGUCCAUGGAAGGCUCUUUUCCUCACCUUUCUCAUCUGUGCUCUUCUGGGUUUGGUUGGGCUGAUUCUCUACAAAUACAGAAACAAACUGACAGGGAAGAAACCAGCUAAAGAAAUUUGUGGGAAAGAAAUUAUGGAGAAACUGAAGAAAGAAGUUGUAGGAUACGUAAAUAUAGAAGAACUGAGGAAACAUGCAGUUGAGAUCACUAUUGACCGUGAGCGUUUACAUCCAGAUCUGACGGUUUCUGAGAACCGGAAAAUCAUGAGGGGCGGUCCAGAAUAUAAACACACUGGAGAGGGAUUUCCAUAUGAAUUAUGCGCAUUUGGAGCCCAAAGAUUCACCUCUGGUCGUCACUAUUGGGAGGUAGAGCUGGCACAAAAAAAUACCCCUCCUAAAAACUACUGGUUAAUUGGUGUGGUGAAGGAGGGAACUUUUACUUCAAGAGACAGAUCUGCUUUAACUCCAUCAAGUGGUUACUGGUUCUUGUGUUCAGACGGUCCUAAUGGUUUUCACACCAACACUGACCAAUCAGUCACAUUCUCACUGACACCGAGACCUGAACGACUGGGAGUUCUGUUAGAUUAUGAUGAGGGUCAGCUGUCAUUUUACAACAUCAAAGAGAGUAAACAUCUCCUGACCAUCAGCACCACAUUCUCUGGAUCAGUCGUUCCUCUGUUUAAUCCUGGUGUGGGUGAUGAGAGCAUGCUUAGAAUUCUGGAUUGCCCAAAACCUGUAGAAUCAGCUGAAGAGUCCAGUCAACCUUUACUGAGUAAUAACAGCUCAGAUGGCUGACUGACCACUGCAGUGUUUAAACUGGAUGUAAAGAAAGACCUAUGUCCAAAAUCUUCAUCGGUUUGCAUGACAUAUUUCUGGUAUUUGGGCAAAAUGUUCAAGUUAUCGUAAAGACCUCAAGUGUGUGUAGAACAGGGAUGGACAACACUGGUCCGGUUCACUGUCCUGCUGAGUUUUGCUCUAAUCCCAAUCAAACACACUUAAAGAAUCUAACAAAAAUCUUUAGGAUUACUAGAAAAUUACAGGCAGGUGUGUUUGAUUGGGGAUGGAGCUAAGUUUCCAAAAUUGUGUUUUCACAGUGAUCCCAUAGAAGAACUAUUACUGGUUCCCCAAAAAACAUUUCAGUUCAGAGUGAAGAACAUUUAAAAAAAAUAUAAAGAACCUUUUUCCACUAUAAAGAUGCUUUUGUUCAAUGGGAAAAUUACAUGGAUGUUAAAGUUUCCUCAUGAAACUGUUGAUGCCAAUUAAGAAUUUUUAUUUUUAAGAGUGCAGGACCAUUAUUCCUCAUCCCUGCUGGAGAAUCAUUGAUUAACUGAUGUUAUAGUGUUCUAAAAAUGCAAGUUUAGUUUUUUUUUUUUUUUUUUAAACACAUUUCAAUUUUCAAUAUUUUGUACUUUAAAACUCUUCUUAAUGUCUGUUCACCAGUCUUUAUGGAACAGACGACAAUUUAAUUGUGUUGUUUCUAAUUAAGUGAUACAGUACAAGAUCAAAUCAACUGCUGCACAUUCUAAUCUUCCCUGAUUUAUGGGUCAUUAGAUACUCUUAUGUACUGAACAUGCAUAUGUGCAUGUGGGAAAAUCAGCGUAGGCUGCUUAACAUCAUGUAUUUACUUUUCAUUCUAAACGGUGGAAAAAUGUAACGGAAAAAAUGUGAAUGUAAAUGUAAUGGUGCACAUUCAUCUUGUGUCUACACAGAUGAGGAGGUUCAUUGUUUUACAGUCUUUAGCAUAAAAUAAAGGGUCUUUCUCAAACACUGAAUUCUUUUCCAUAAUGGGGUCUGUGACUGUUUCAAUAUGAUCUAACUGUUUUAAAGUUAUAGUUUUGAGUGAGGAACAUGACUCAACUUGACACACCAGACCAGCAAUCUCAAUACAGACUCCAAACACAACAGCAGAAGUGACUGAGUGUGAGAUACCUGUACAAAGAUGCUGUUCAGCAGGCCGAUGUUCACAUUCUUCAUGGCGUCCUCAUUUGAUUUCUUGCUUUUCUUCUUCUUGGUCACAUCAUCAGACGCCAUCUUGUGGAGGACUUAUUCUGAUAUAAGACUUUAAAACCAAGAAUAUGAUAUAAGAAAAAACUAAGUGAAAGCAACUGAUUAUUAUUGGGAGUUUUUUUGGUCAUCAAUGCAGAUGUUUCCUUACCUGUCUGUAGGUGGUGCUCUAUAUGUUUUCUGUGCCAUUCUGUAAGAGAUAAUCAUUCAAUAAGAGAUAAUCAGAGUGUGUGAUUAUCAACAUAAAUAUGGCACAAUACAUAUGUAAAUAGCUAAAUUAACAUACUAUG